CUGGGGGAGUGCGUCUGCAGCCCCGGCUGGGCCGGGCUCUUCUGCAACGAGAGCUGCCCCCAAGGCUCCUUCGGGGCCGGCUGCCUCCAGCCCUGCCUCUGCCUCCGGGGCGUCUGCGACGGGGCCACCGGCCUCUGCCACUGCCCCCCCGGCUACACGGACGAGCACUGCUCCUCCCUCUGCCCCCCGGACACCUUCGGCACCAACUGCUCGGGGCGCUGCUCCUGCCAGCACGCCCUGGCCUGCUCCCCCCUCGACGGCUCCUGCGUCUGCAAGGAAGGCUGGCACGGCCCCCACUGCUCGACCCCGUGUCCCGCCGGCACUUGGGCCGGCUGCAACCGGAGCUGUGACUGUGGCCAUGGGGCCGGCUGUGACCCCCAGAGCGGGGCGUGCCGCUGCCCCCCCGGCUGGCAGAGCCCCCGCUGCCUGCAGCCCUGCCCGAACGGGACGUUCGGGGCGGGCUGUGGGGAGCGCUGCGACUGCGCCAACGCCGAUGGGUGCGAGCCCGUGACCGGAGAGUGCCGCUGCCUGCCCGGCUGGACAGGCUCCCAGUGCAAGCAGAGCUGCCCCCAGGGCUUUUGGGGCCGCGGCUGCCUCUCGCCCUGCUCCUGCCGCAACGGAGCCGCUUGUUCCCCCCACGACGGCUCCUGCACCUGCGCCCCGGGCUUCCGCGGCCCCUCCUGCCAGCGCCCCUGCCCGCCCGGCCGCUACGGGAAGCGCUGCGCCCUGAGCUGCUCCUGCGCCCACGGCUCCUCCUGCCUGCCCACCAACGGCUCCUGCCUCUGCGACCCGGGCUUCCGCGGCCCCCGCUGCGCCCAGCCCUGCCCCCCCGGCACCUUCGGGCUCCAGUGUGCUCAGCUCUGCCGCUGUCCCCACAACGCCACGUGCCACCCGGCCAGCGGGACGUGUCCCUGCGCCCCGGGCAGGACCGGGCCCCACUGCGGUGAUGAGACCCCCGAGCAGCCCUACACCAUCGUGCCAGCCCCCCCGGCAGCCUACAGCUCGCUGGGGGUGGUGCUCAGCCUGGUGGCCCUGCUGGCACUGCUGGUGGCCAUGGUGGCUGCGGGGCUGUGGUGCCGGCACCGGCAGAAGGGGAAGGGGAGCCGGCACCUUGCCGUGGCCUACACAGCAGGACAGACGGAUACGUCGGACUACAUGGUGCCAGAUGUGCCCCCAAGCCACCACGCACAUUACUACUGCAACCCCAGCUACCACACACUGUCCCAGUGCCCGAUGCCAGCUCCUGGUGCCCCGGACAGAGCCAGCAUCAAGGUCCCCGGCUCUCAGCUCCCGGCGGCUGCAGACGGAGCCGGCAGCACCACGCUCCCCCCCGGCUGGAAGCCCCGCGGCGCCUCGGGCAGCAGCGGGGGGCAGCUGGACCGGAGCUACAGCUGCAGCUGCAGCCUGGGGAAGUGCGAAGAGCCCCCCCCGGAGGGUCUGGGGGGCAGCGGCAGCUCCGUGGGCAGCGAGAGCCCCUACGCCACCAUCCGGGAGCCCCCCCUGGCGCCCGAGGGCAGCUACAUGGAGAUGAGGCCCCCGGUGCGCAGGGAGAUGUCCUACGCCGAGAUCCGGCCCCUCGAGGAGCAGCCCCACGAGAGCUGCCCGGAGGGGGGGGACCUUGUGCCCCCCGCCCCCCCCCCCAGCCAUUACGACUCCCCCAAGAACAGCCACAUCCCCAUUCACUACGAUGUGCCCCCCACCCGGCACCCGCCGUCACCCCCUGCACCGCGGGGACCGGGGGGGCACCGGGGACACGGGGCUGACCCGGACCCCCAGCCCCGGGGUGCCAGUGCUGAAUAAA